AUGUCGAAACGGCUACUCACCCAGUUGAUGGGUGUGCGGCGCAUGUCGCGGCGCCACAUCCUCGUCGGACUCUGUGGCCUCGUCUCGCUUCUCCUUAUCGUCGGCCUCCAAGCAGUGUACACUGGUUCACUUCCAUGCGUCGUCGCAAUAUGGAACGGACCUCCUCCCAACAUGGCUAAUAGGCUAACAAACCCUUUCCAGCUGCCUGCAUUCAGAGGCCAACGUUCGAGGGUCCAUGACAUUCUCACGAGCAUUCCCCCAGGAAGUCAGCUCGGCGUGCUCAAGGGCCUCAACAAUGAUGAAAACAACUACAAAUACUACACAGAGGCAAAACUGCGGCAACUGACUGCGUGCAUGGCGCGCGGGGACUGCCACAGCAAUGCGGAGAAUGUGGUCAUCUUCGCUGCGUACCACUGUCACUUGUCAGUGUUCAAGGGCUAUAUCGGUGGCGAAGGCGUAUGGUGCAACGGCAUGAUCGAGUCACUUGAGCGACAAGGAUACACCGUGCUCCUCGCAAAGGAUGACUGGCGGUACGUCGCGCACAUCUACCGCCAAAUCCCGGAGCUUGUCAAGGCCAUAAUCGGUGAUGAUUCGCCUGGCAGCAGAUACGGACGUCCAAGGGACUUCUUCCGUUCAGAGGCGCGUCCCGAUGGCUUUCCGACAUGGAAGUACUUCCGCUUCUACUACUUCUCCACGCCAAAGGGCACAGUUAUCAGCAGCUACUGGUGUGCAUCGGCCGAGAUUGAAUGGCGCCAAGUCGGAAUGGGAAACUAUCGAAACAACACCUACCUCGGGUACGCCCUAGAGCUGCCUGAGGAGACACGCACUGUGCCGUGGUCGCAGCGCCCAAACCGUGCUUAUAUCCUCGGAAAGAGGGUGCAGUACUUUUACAAGUGGCGCGCCGAACCAUUCAUCCCGGCCGAGUUUAUCACGCGCGCCUACCACGACAUGCGUAAGGAGAUCCCCGACUUUGAGUUUGUCGGCGGGUUCAUCGACGACCGUACGCCAGAAGAAAAGGAAAAGCUGGGGGAGUGGAAAGUUCCUGAAGGCGUGCGACAGCUUGGAAAGCUGAACGCGAGCGAGUUUGACGAUGCCGUGGCCAACUCAAAGGCCAUGGUUGGCAUUGGAUGGCCAGCUACAUCGCCGUCGCCAUACCGCGCAAUCGCACGAGGAGUCCCAUUCCUCAACCCCCACAUCUUGGGGGAACACUCCACGGCCGACAAACCCGAGACGUGGAUGUCUGUGCAACACGACUCGAUGCGCUACGAACAACCUCCACAUGUUUACCACGUCGAGGCGAGAAAUUACGAGUCGUUCUUCACGGCCCUACGAACAGCCAUGACGACCCCCGCCGAGCCCUACAUUCUCCCACGUCUGAGACGCGACGCAUUCGACGAGCGCAUGCGCAACUUUGUGCAUCGUGACUGGCGCUCUGAAGCCGAGCGCAUCUUGACUAACCGCAAGAAUGGGCAGGAGAGCGAGCUCGGCGUCGACCUCGGCAUGUUCGAGCUGUGA